UCACUAAAAACACACACACACACACCUAAAAAUCCCAUUUUUAGUUCAUUCCAAUUUCCCCUUUUCACACCAUUGAAUUCGUCAAAUCCCUAAUUUAUUUAUAUAAUCUCUCAAAAAGAAAAUCAUGACAAUAACAACAAGAUCCGGCAAAGAAAUCAAAACCCCUCCUAAUUUAUCUCCAAAACCCCCAAAAUCUCUCAUCAAAACCCCUAAUUUAUCUCCUUCAACCCCAAAUAAAACCAAAGAAAAAUCCCCCAAAAUCACUCAAUCCAAUCCAAAAUCAGUUCAAUCUACUUCCUUGAGACGAAGUUCUAGACUCUCAUCAUCUACACCUAAUAUUGAACAAAAGGGGGAAGAGAAUCACCAAGAAAUUAGGGUUUCAGAGAAAGUAAUUAGGGUUUUUGAUAAAGAGAAAGAAAAUCAAGAGAUUAAGGGGUUGGGUUCUGUAAAGAGGAAGAAAAAGAGUACUGGGGCUGAUGAUGAUGAAGGAUUGAAGAAGAAGAAUAAACAGAAGAAGGGUUUUGAGGGAUUGGGAAAUUUGGGUUCUGGGUCUGGUGGUUCUUUGAGGAGGAGUAAGAGGCUUAUGAAGAGUGAUGAUGGUGAUGAGAAUGAGGAUUUGAAGAAGAAAGAAAUGGAGUUUGAUCUUAACUGCGUGCCAUUGUCGUCGGGGAGUGAUGAUUCUGUUGAUGAAGGUGAAGGGGAGGAGGAGGAGAGAAAGGGGGUGAUUGAUAUUGAUUCCUCUUCAGAAGCAGAAGAGGGAUUAGACUUAAAUUUGGGAGGUAUAGAUGUUGAAUAUGGAAAUAUUGAUGUUAUGGAAAUGGCAGGGAGUAGUGCCAAUGUUGUCGAUGAGUAUCGGAGGAAGUAUAGUGCAAAGGAAAAAGGUAAGGGGAAAUUGAAUACGGCGGAGGGUUCGUGGUUGUCGAUGAGUAUGGAAGCGGAUAUGAUACCCGAAGAAGGUGAAACUGAUAUGGGAAUGUUGCCUGAGGAAGGCAAUGCUGGUACUGUGGGUUCGAGUACUAUGAAUGAGGAGGAGGGUCUUAAUCUUCUUGGGGAAUUUGAGGAGAGGGUGCGAGAAUUUGAAGAGAGGGAAAAAUCGAUAAAAAUGGUUAGGCUGAGAGCAAGAAUGAGAAAGGAUAGGAAGAGAUGGGUUAAAGAACGAGCUGCGGCAAGUGCUUCUAGGUUUGCGCGGGUUCAACGUGAAGACGAGGUAGAUGAUGAGCAAAGGGUUGCUGCUGGGAAUGAGAAUGAUGCGGUGGCGGAGCCUGCAAUUGAUCAAGAAGUUGAGGAUUGGCCUGGUCCAUUUUCUACUGCAAUGAGAAUAAUCAAGCAGCGGGAGAAGGGAAAUGUUCCAACGAGGACUUGGGCUGCAAGUGAAAAAGAACCGGACGUUGAAUGGGAAGGCGCGACUGAUCCGGAAAGAAAGAGAGUGACUCCUAAGUUGGAAGAUAUGAGCAUGAAUCUUCUUGCUAAGCAUGUGGAAGCACUUUCAUCACUUAGAGGUGUCCCAGAUGUGCUUAGGAAUAAACUAAGCAAUGUGUUGUGUGAUUCUCGAAAGAUGGAUUCUCAUUUUAUGGAGCUUCUUACUAGUGGAUCUCCAGCAGAGAUUCGUGUAAAAGAUGGUUCAUGGUUGACAGAGGAGGAGUUUAGCAAGAUCAUGAAGGGGUGUGACACCAGUAAUUUGACGGUCCUUCAACUUGAUCUAUGUGGGCAUUGCUUACCUGAUUAUACCCUGCGUCCAGUUUUGGCUCAGUCACCUAAUAGUUUGCCCGCGUUAUCAUCUAUAUCUCUGAGGGGUGCGUGCCGGCUUACAGAUAGUGGUAUAAAGGCACUUGUUGCUUCAGCACCUUCACUAUGUUCUGUAAAUCUGGCAGCCUGCCCGCUUUUAAGUUAUACAAGUAUUAUGUAUAUGGCCGAUGCUCUUGGGUCUGUGCUUAAAGAAUUAUACUUGGAUGACUGUCAAAAUAUUGAUAUGAUGCUGAGUCUACCUGCAUUGCAAAGACUCGAAUUUCUGGAAGUUUUGUCAUUAGCUGACAUAGAAACUGUCUCUGAUGAUUUUGUAAGUAACUUUGUGACUGUAUGUGGACGGAAUUUGAAGGAGCUUGAUUUCUCUGGUUGUAGUAAAUUGACUGAUAGAUCCCUGAAAGCUGUUGGAGAAAAGUGUUCCGCAUUACAAACUCUUCAUCUUGCUAAUUUACACAAACUGACAGAUUCUUCAUUAGGAUACCUUGCCAAUGGCUGUCGGUCGAUUCAAACCCUCAAACUUCGCGGCAAUGCAUUCAGUGAUUUAGCUGUUGCCGCAUUCCUUGAAGCCUCGGGAGAACCUCUUACAGAAUUUUCUUUAAAUAAGGUCAAGAAGGUUGGUAGACAUACAGCUAUUUCACUGGCAAGGUGCUGCUCAAAAAACUUGCUGAGCCUGGAUGUGUCUUGGUGCCGCAGUUUGACGGACUCUGCACUAGGAUUAAUUGUGGAUAGCUGUAAAAAACUGAAAAUCGUCAAAGUGUUUGGAUGCACACAGAUAACAUCUAAAUUUGUGAGUGGUCACUCGAAUGCUUGUGUCCAGAUAGUUGGAUUGCAGUUGACGCCGAUUUUAGAGCAUCUUAACAUCCUUGGUCAUCAGGAAGCUACAUUACGCUAUUCAUCUGUUCCUGUCCGUAUAGAAUCACAAGAUAUGCAAGAUUAAGGUUUGUGACACCUACAGUAUAGGAUUCCAACUAGUUUGCAAGUUUUUACCCCUUUAACUUACUUCAUACGAGAAUGCUCCAUCUUACAAAACUUAAAAAAUACAAACGGCAUCCCUUUUUUUCAACCUGAUAUACUUGGUGAAUGAAGUAAAUUUCAGUACCAUACUAAAUAUGUCGCACCUUCUUCUGGUUACAACAUUAUUAAUGGUCUUUCUACAUAGUAUAUAUUUGAAUGUUAGAUUAUUUAAGUAUUAUCGGUUUAGGUGUAAUGUAAUCUGUAAAACAGUUGGUUGAAGUAAAAAUCGUAUCUGAUUUAACGGGAAUUUAUGGUCUUA